CUGAGCGCGGCACGGUGCACUGGAACACUAUUCGCGCGUGCUGCACUCGACCUAACGGGAUAACCAUGCACGUUCUUCUCUGGGGUCCUGGCUUUCUAGUGUUGCUUGACUUCAUCAGCGUUCUAGUUUCAACGGGGAGGGUUCCGGCAGUUUCAAGAAAAGCCAAAUCAACCGAGAAUUUUCAAGCGCACGAGAUCGUAACUCCCAUCAGAGUGAACGACGCCGGCGACAAACUUCCAGCGAGCGCGCACUUCAAACGGAAAAAGCGGAGCGCCGGAGCAACCGGUAACGACUCAGACGACUGGGCCUCUCCGCACGUGCAUUACAAGAUAACGGCCUUCGGGCAGGACUUCCACCUCAACCUCACGCUCGAGGCUGGAUUUAUUGCGCCACUUUACACUGUCACGAUACUCGGCGCGGGAGGCGAGGGAAACCUCACGGAUUUGUCGGCGGAGGAGGAGACGGUGUAUCGGCACUGCUUUUACAAAGGACACGUGAACGCCGACAAGGGCUAUAUUGCAAUUAUUAGCCUGUGCUCUGGGCUGCUUGGCACUUUCAGGUCAUCAGAAGGGGAGUAUUUUGUGGAACCUCUUCACAGCUACAACGGAGAACGGUACGAGGAAGAGCACAUCAAACCUCAUGUGGUCUACAGGAAAGACACUAGAGAAGACACGUCUUCACCCGAUGCUUCAGAUCAGCAGAAUGGCCAGGGGAGGGCGGAGCUUAAUGGCCGGGGGGAGGCGGAGCAGAGCGAGGCCUCUACAGGCAUGCUCCUGUCUGACCUGGAGUCUCUCAGCGCCAGGCUUCCUUCAAGGCCCCUCCCCUCGUUGGAAAGCACACCACACCUGACCAACGGCAGCGGCGAGCCGGCAUCUCAUCGCAGAUCCAAGCGGUUUCUCUCCUACCCACGUUUCCUGGAGGUCAUGGUCGUCGCCGACUCCAAGAUGGUGGUGCACCACGGCCAGAAUCUGCAGCACUACAUCCUCACCCUGAUGUCCAUCGUGGCUUCCAUCUAUAAGGACCCCAGCAUUGGUAACCUGAUUAGCAUCGUCAUCGUGAAGCUCGUGCUCCUAACCAGUGAGCUGGAUGGUCCUACCAUCUCUUUCAAUGCACAGGCCACUUUAAAGAAUUUCUGUGUCUGGCAGCAGGGUCAGAACAACCUCGACGACAGCCACCACAACCACCAUGACACGGCCAUCCUUAUCACCAGGGAGGACAUCUGUAGAGCACGAGACAAAUGUGACACGUUAGGUCUGGCUGAGCUGGGCACCGUGUGUGAUCCUUAUCGCAGCUGCAGCAUCAGUGAGGACAGCGGCCUCAGCACCGCCUUCACCAUCGCGCACGAGCUCGGCCACGUGUUUAAUAUGCUCCAUGAUGACAGUAACAGGUGCAAAGAGGAGGGCAUUAAGACCCAGCAGCACGUGAUGGCCCCCACCCUCAACUACUACACCAACCCCUGGAUGUGGUCCAAAUGCAGCAGGAAAUACAUCACCGAGUUCCUUGACACAGGGUACGGGGAGUGUCUGUUUGACGAGCCGCUGUCUUCGCAAUACAGCCUUCCACAGCAGCUGCCUGGACAGAUAUACGAUGUCAAUAAACAAUGUGAACUCAUAUUUGGGCCUGGGUCACAGGUGUGUCCCUAUAUGACACAGUGUCGACGGUUGUGGUGCAGCAGUCCUGAAGGGGUCCAGAGUGGCUGUCGCACGCAACACAUGCCCUGGGCUGAUGGGACAGACUGCUCACCUGGAAAGCACUGCCAACGAGGCCUGUGCAUCCCCAAGGAGGACGUGGUGGCAGUGGACGGGGCGUGGGGAGUCUGGAGUUCCUUUGGCUCCUGCUCACGCACCUGCGGAGGGGGCAUCAAGAUAGCGGCGCGGGACUGCGACAAGCCCCGGCCCAGGAACGGGGGUCAGUACUGCGUGGGACGCAGGCUAAAGUUCCGUUCCUGCAACUCUGAGCCGUGUUCCAAGCAGAAGAGGGACUUCCGCGAGGAGCAGUGCGCUUCCUUCGACGGCCGUCACUUCAACAUCAACGGUCUGCCGCCCAACGUGCGCUGGCUGCCCAAGUACAGCGGCAUUCUCAUGAAGGACCGUUGCAAGCUCUUCUGUAGGGUUUCAGGAAGCACAGCCUACUACCAGCUCAGGGAACGCGUCACCGACGGCACACCCUGUGGGCCCAACACUAAUGACAUCUGUGUGCAAGGCCUGUGCAGGCAAGCGGGAUGUGACCAUGUGUUGAACUCCAAGGCCAGGAGAGAUAAAUGUGGUGUGUGUGGGGGAGACAACUCCUCCUGCAAGACUGUGGCUGGAACACUCAGCACGGUGCACUAUGGUUACAAUGUUGUAGUGCAUAUUCCCAAAGGUGCCACCAACAUUGAUGUGCGACAGCACAGCUACUCAGGAAGACCAGAUGAUGACAACUACCUGGCUGUGGCCAACGGUCGUGGAGAGUAUUUGCUCAACGGAGAGUUUGUGGUCAGCAUGUUUAAAAGGGAACUGAAGGUGGGAGAAGGUGUCGUAGAGUACAGCGGCUCUGAUCAUGUGAUUGAGAGACUUAACUGCACUGACCGCAUUGAUGAGGACAUCGUCAUCCAGGUGCUAUCCGUAGGUAACCUCUACAACCCAGAUGUCAGGUAUUCCUAUAACACCCCCACAGAAGAGAAGACUCUGCGCUUUAUCUGGGAUGCAUACGGCCCGUGGCAGGCGUGCACCCGUCUAUGCCAGGGCGAGCGCAAGAGGAAGAUUCUGUGCAGCCGUGAGUCGGACCAUCUGGUCGUUUCUGACCAGAAAUGCCAGGGCUCGCUCCGCCCGCCCCCCGUCACGGAACCCUGCAACACAGACUGUGAGCUCAGGUGGCACGUCGGCCAUAAGAGCGAGUGCACAGCUACGUGUGGCCUGGGAUUCCGCACCGUGGACGUCUCCUGCAUCAAACGCAGCCACACCCACAAGGACACCCAGAAGGUCGACAACCAGCAUUGCAGCAGCCAACGCAGGCCCGAUGAAAGGGAGAGUUGCCAUGGUGACUGUAACCCUGGCGUGUGGGAGUAUUCGCCUUGGUCGGAGUGCUCUCAAAGCUGCGAAGGAGGGAGACGCCACAGGAGCGCCAUCUGUGGGAACUCGUCCGGGAACAGCGAUGACAGUAAAUGCAACUCAAGUGAAAGGAUCACUGAACAGUCCUGUAGCGAUUUCCCAUGUCCGCAGUGGAAAAUUGGAGACUGGACUGAGUGCAUGGUGACCUGUGGCAGGGGCUACCGGCAUCGACAGAGGUGGUGCCAGUUCAGAGAGGAGCGUGUGGACGAGCGAUUCUGCGAUGCCGCCAAGCCGGAGUCCGUGCAGGCGUGCCAGCAGCAGGCGUGUGCUUCCUGGCAGGUCGGCCCCUGGGGACAGUGCUCUGCCACUUGUGGCCCUGGCUAUCAGAUGAGAGCCGUGAAGUGUGUGCUGGGGUCGUACCACUCCGUCAUAGACGACACAGAAUGCAACGCAGCGACGCGACCGACUGACACACAGGACUGUGAAAUCUCUCAGUGUUCCAUCCCACAAACUGUUUCUCCAGAGACCAAGGCAGUAUCUAAACUUGGUCAUAAAACACAAUGGCGGUUUGGAUCGUGGACACAGUGUAGCGCGACCUGUGGGAAGGGCAUACGUAUGCGCUAUGUGAGUUGCCGUGACAACCAGGGGGGCGUGUCAGAGGAGUCGGCGUGUUCUCACUUGGCCAAGCCCGCUGCCCGAGAUGUCUGCUCUGCUGUGGCCUGUGGUCAGUGGAAGGUUCUGGAAUGGACUCCGUGCUCUGUGUCCUGCGGUCACGGUAAAGCCACGCGGCAGGUGUUGUGCGUGAACUUUAGUGACCAGGUGGUCGACGUGAGUGAGUGUGACCCCGAUGACCGCCCAGCUUCGGAGCAGGAAUGUGCCAUGGCUCAGUGCCCGUCUCGUAGCCAUGGCAACCCAGACACCCAUAACAAUGUCCUGCAAACCGGGCGACCCCAGCUGCACCAGUGGAGGAUCGGGCCAUGGGGCGGGUGCUCAAGCACGUGUGCUGGAGGAUUCCAGCGCCGCGUGGUGGUGUGUCAGGACGAGAACGGUUACCCCGCCGCCGGCUGUGACGAAGGCACUCGGCCCGUGGUGCAGCGCUCCUGUGAGUCCGGCCCCUGCCCCAAGUGGGUGCACGGCAGCUGGGGUGAGUGUUCAAAGUCGUGCGGCAGGGGCGUGAAAACGCGUCAGGUGGCAUGUCAGCGGCCCGACGGGGAACGCUUUAACGACCUCAGCUGUGACGUCCUGGACAAGCCACCUGACCAGGAGCAGUGCAACACACUUCCGUGCCCCCGCUGGACCGCCGACCUCUGGAGCGCGUGCUCCGCCUCCUGCGGGAGAGGGUACAAAUACCGUAAUGUGACCUGUGUCAGUCACUCUGGCCAGCCAAUCACAGAAGAGAACUGUGUACACCUGCCCCGCCCCCAGAAGCAGAGGAGAUGCAAAGGUGGGAGGUGUCUGAAGUGGAAGACGAGUGCCUGGGGAGAGUGCAGCGCAUCGUGCGGUUCUGGACACCGGCGCCGGACCGUGGCGUGUCUGAGCCUUGCUGAUGAGCAGGUCCACAACGCGCACUGCGCAGAAGACCUGAGACCGACGGACGUGGAAGUGUGUAACACACAACCCUGCGAGUUCAUCUGGGUCACGGGGGAGUGGACAGAGUGCUCAGUCACCUGUGGGCGGGGCUACAGGCAGAGGCUUGUGUCCUGCAGUGAGGUGCAUGCUGGGAUUGAGAAUUAUGAGUAUGGCCACCAGUCGUCAUCUGGCUGCCCCGGCACCCCACCCGAGAGCUACGUCCCCUGCAUCCUGGAUCUCUGCCCUCCCACCCCCACCUGGAGAGUGGGCAUCUGGGGGCCAUGCUCCAUGAGCUGUGGCCAGGGCUGGAUGGUGCGUUCAGUGCAGUGUGUUUCAGCUGAAGGGGAUGUCAGUGAUAAAUGUCCCCCCACCUCCAGGCCAGAGGGGCAGAAGACAUGCAGUAACCCCUCCUGUUAUCUGCCCUCUAGCUGUAGGGAGGUGCAGGUUCAGUCUGGUGUUGUGUCUGAUAGUGAGCAGAUCCUGAGUGUGCAGGGCAAAGCUGUUCAGAUCUUCUGCUCAGCGAUGAACACAGACAGUCCAGCAGAAUACAUCACUCUCACGACGGGAGAGCAGGAGAACUUCUCUGAGGUUUUUGCAUUCAGGCUGGAGGACCCCACACAGUGCCCAUUAAACCUGAGCAGAAGAGAGGACUGCGCGUGUCGGAGGGACUACACAGCAUCCGGCCUGUCCACAUUCAAACGAGUCCGACUGGACCUCAGCCGGAUGGCCAUCGUCAUCACAGACUGGAAGUACGCAUUCACUCACGAGGGCCACAAGGUCCCUUUCGCCACUGCGGGAGACUGCUACAGCGCCGCCCAAUGUCCACAGGGCCGAUUCAGCCUCAACCUGGCGGGAACCGGCUUCCAGGUGGCCGAAAACACCAGCUGGGUGUCCCAAGGCAACUACGCUGUAGCAGAUGUCCACAAGUCUCAGGAUGGCAGCAGAGUGACAGGAACGUGUGGCGGCUACUGUGGCAAAUGCACUCCGUCCAGCUCAGGCGUUUUCGUCCAGGUCACAUGAUGCCCAGUUUUUCUUGAGGACUCUCUCUGCUGUCCCUCUCUGUGGUGCCAAAGAAAAUGAAGAACUUCCACCAAAUGUCUACUGUACAUUUGUAAAUGAUUGAGUUGUAUGUAAUGUACAAAAUGUGUUUAUUUAUUAUAAUCCACAUUUAUUUUUAUACUGUAUAAUAAUUUAUGUGCUACAUUUAUUUGAACAUUUUUGCCUGUUCACAGUGCACGACAUAAACCGUUAAAGAAAGGUAAUGAUGCCAUUGUUUAAAGCAGCUUGCUCGCAGAUCUAGUGAGGUGUGUAGUUCUUUAGUAGUUCUUAUGCACGGCGAGUCGUGCGUUGUGGAGUGGCGUGCGCGGGACCGUCAUCCAGUAAGAUCCUGUCUGAAACUGAAACGUUCGGUGUAAAAACCCUCAGACAGACCGUAGUGAUCCUAAAAAGUGACUUUAAUAAAUGAGCUGUGUCUUCAACAAAAGUUCUGUGAGUUAUAGUUCCCACAGCCCUGACCCUGUGGUUGCUUGA